ACCGGUUGUUUAUCAGUGUCUUUUUUUCUGGCAUGGACUUUACUGCGUGUUACGCGGACACUGUGUCCAGCGUUGCCGCCGCCGCGCGCGCGGGUCGCGCGGGGCGGCUAAGAGCCCUGCUUGGUGGGGGCUGUCCCAUCGACUCCCGGGAUAACCGCGGCUGGACCGCUCUGCACGAGGCGGCCGCAGCCGGCAGCAGCGCGUGCGUGCGAGAAAUCCUGGCUGCCCUGCACGCUCGCUCCUGCAAAGGAGUUCCGGCUUUGGUGAACGCUCAAACCCAUGAGGGGGAGUCUGCUUGUUACCUGGCAGCGCAGCGGGGGCAUGUGGGAGUGGUCCGCCUCCUCCUGAAAGCCCACGCCGACGUCGACCAGAUGACCAAUGACUUGUCCUGUCCUCUGUAUGCAGCUGUAGACGGGGGGCACGCGGACGUGGUCGACCUGCUGGUGUCCAAGGGCGCAGAGGUGAACGGGACACACACGGCGUCCUGCUGGACCUGCCUUCAUCAGGCGGUGUAUAAGGGUCACGGCCAGAUUGUGUCCAUCCUGGUGAAGGUCUGUAACCUGGAGGUCCUGGACGACCAUGGUAUCUCCCCUCUGUUUGUGGCGGCGCAGUACGGACAGAGGGAAAGCCUGGAGGCUCUCAUUCAUGCUGGUGCCGAUGUAAACAGCCCAGCCGCUGAUCUAGCCACGCCCCUCCUUAUUGCCUCACAGGAAGGUCACAUGGCGUGCGUGGACCUUCUGUUGGACCACGGGGCAGAUCCCAACCGGGCCUGCAGUAACGAAUGGCCUCAGCUUCCCAUCCAUGCAGCGGCUGAAUUCGGACAUACGGGAAUCCUCAGGAGGCUGCUGGAUGUCACAGACUCUGCGUGUGGCCGAACCGACGGCAUGGUGAGUCCGCUGUACGUGGCGGUGAACAGAGGUCAGCCUCAAAGCGUGGCGAUGCUCCUGGAUGCAGGCUACAGUCCAGACGCUCAGGACUGCACAUGCUCCCUUGGCCUGCGCUCACCACUCACAUUGGCCUUAUCACGCGCCUCCAGUGAAUCACACAGGGAGUGUGUGGGUCUGCUGGUGGCUGCAGGAGCUGCUCUAGAGGAGCAGGACUGGACCCAGGUCUUUGUCUCUGACAGCCCACAGCUGCUGCAGCUCAUCCUUCAGCAUCAACGCUUCCCACGGCUCGAGUCUCCAACCGUAGCGUGCUCUGGAAGGAGAACGCUGACGCCGCAGGAGCUGAGGCGCAUGCUGAGUGCGGCUCGCAGCUGCAGCGGUUCUGCCUGCCUCUGGCUGCCGGUGCUGCUGAGCUCCGGGCUGGAGCCGUCCUUCCUGCUUCAGCCUCGCUUGUUUCAGGAGGCGGACAGCGAGGUGCUGAACCAUCUGCUGGAGUUUGUGAACUGGGCCACCUUGCCUCCUCCUCUUAGGCUCAUUCUGGACCAAAGGCGGGCAGGAAGGAGCUGGGAGCCACGUGCACAUUUCCACUCCCUCCCCCCCCUCUCUCACAUCUGCCGGCUGCGGAUCAGAGAAGUUCUAGGACCAGAUCUUCUGAUGAGGUCCGGCGCCGUCCAGCAGCUACCUGUCCCCCCCCUGCUUCAUGACUUUCUGCAGUUCAGGGACAUCCCAGAAGCUCUUCACAGGCCCCCACUUCCAUCGUGAUGCAGCAGCAGAUCAAGCAGCCCUGAAUGAUUGGUGUUCCUCCUCCUGUGUUCAGGUGUUGGGUCAGCAUGAGGAAACAAAGUGUGUCUGUGUGCAAUCUCUGGUGAGAAGACAACUGCAGAAGCUGCAGGACUGGAUGAGUCGUUGGAACGUUUGUGUGAUUUCCAUCCAAGGAGAGUAGAAGAACGUCCACACUUUCAAUAAUAAAAAGAAAAUCUUACAAAUGAAUAAAAAGAAAACGAACUGUUGUUAUUCUGUAUGCUGUUUUGUUUACCAGAUCUUUUCAGAGUAAAAUGACCAAAAAGGA